GUCCCAAAAGGUGUGGUAAUUUCCAAUCGAAUGAUGUUGGCAAGCUUAAACAACAACAUCCUCAAUUGUGGUAGGGAUAUUAUAACGGAAGAUGGUGUCUAUCUAUCUUACCUUCCUAUGGCUCACAUAUUAGAACAAAUGUUUAUCCUGCUUACGAUCUUCAAUCGAGGCAGAAUUGGAUUUUAUUCGGGCGAACCUCGUCUUCUGUUUGAAGACGCCAAGCAAUUAAAGCCCACACUUUGGACUACCGUUCCACGAAUCCUACUGCGAAUAUAUGAAGGCGUUCAAAAGAAGAUUGGCAAUUCCGAAAUAAAGAAGCGCCUCUUCGCUAAAGCCGUGGCGUCAAAGAUUCAGGCUGUGGACGCAUGCAACUUUUCCACGAGCACGAUUUGGGAUAUCCUAUUUUUCUCCAAAAUUCGCGCCCUUCUCGGUGGCCACGUUCAGGUUAUUGUUUGCGGUGGAGCUCCACUCCCUACUCACAUCCUUCGCUUCGCGCGUGCUGCUUUCUCAUGUUGGUCACCCCUUUCACCCUUAAUUGAGCGCGUGUAUGCAUUUCCUUUUGCAAAGGAUGAAGUCGUUCUUCCGCUGGAUGGAGCGAUCUAA